UGCUGGCUGCCUGGGGCACGGGGGCUGUAUUGGCCAGCGCGCGGGCUCUUACUUACUGCCCCCAGCUCCCCCAUGGACCCAGUGUGCUCUGUGGUGGUGCCAUGGCCAGGGGCUGUCAGGCUGCUGAGCCACCCUGGCUCCACUCUCAGGCGGCUUUGCCCCAUGCAUGACUGGGCUUGGCCUUGGCCUGGGAGCUGGCGCGCCGGGGGUGGUGCCCGGGCUCUGCUGGAAGGGUGUUUGGGUCCCAGGCUGCACAGGGGCCACGUGCAGCCUUGUGGGAGCGUCAGCCCCUCGAGGGACCCUGGCACUUGCUUGUGGGGCACAAGGAGGCGCACCUGCACCACUUGCUCCUUCUCCCUCUGAGGUGGCUGGCUGGGAGCUGAGCCAUGCUGGCAGAGCCAGGCCCUGCAAGAGGCUGCACAGAGAGCAACGGGCCGAAAGGGUUCCCAGGUGCUGACGUGGAGGGGGAUGCUGUCACGGAGAAGGCAGCUCUGCUCCCUGCCCGCCGCAAGGGCCCUGCUGCCCCCGGCCCCAGGAGGCAGCGGCAGGAAGGGCUCACAGCUCCUCCGAGCGAUGGGCGCACCCGGCGCAGCAGUGGCUGCUACCCUCUCAACCCAGAGCGCCUCAAGCAGAGCAGGCUGUACGUGGAGAGAGCCGUCAAGCAAAGGAAGAUCUUCAUGCUGCAUGGCCCGUACCCUGUGAUCCGGAGACUGCUGCGCAGCCGGGGCUGGGUGGAGAAGAAGGCCCCCAAGGCGGCACACAGAUGGGAACGAGUGCCCGAGGGCGAGGAGGAUGGGGAGGGGGACGACAGCGACGGAGCCGAGGAGGACGAGGAGGGCGAGGAAGAGGAGGAGCAGGAUGAUGACCCUGAUGGCACCUACGACCUCAUGUCGCGGCUGGUUCGCAACCAGAUGCCCUAUUUCAUCUGGACUAACCGGCGAGAUGCCAUUGACUGCCGCUUCCUGCGCAAGGAGCAGGUGAUGAACCACUACGCCAAGGCGGGCUCCUUCACCACCAAGGUGGGGCUAUGUCUGAACCUGCGGAACCUGCCUUGGUUCGACCAGGCCGAUGCCGACACCUUCUUCCCCCGCUGCUACCGGCUGGGUGCUGAGGAUGAGAAGCAUGCCUUCAUCGAGGAUUUCUGGCUCACUGCUGCCCGGAGCAUCCUCAAAGUGGUGGUGAAAAAGUACUGGAGCUCAGCUGCCCGGGGGGCUGGGGCAGCGGCGGCUUCCGGCGCACAGGGGCCCAUGAAGGCCGGCGAGUCCGCAGAGUCCCUGAGAGGGACUGGCAGGAAGAAGGCCAGCCCCCUGCCACCGCAGCUCAUCGAGACAGCCCUGCAGGCCUGCGAGGAGCACCUGAGCAGCCUGACCCACCAGGAUAUCGACAGGGAGCCCGAGUCCCCUCUGUGCAUGAUGGGGGCCCGCCGGGGGGACUUCCUGCGUGCCUACUACCAGGUGAUUCACGAAGGGGCACUCCUGGACCAGCUGGGCUCCCAUGUCGAACGGUGCGAGCACGUCCUGCAGCGCCUGGCCGAGGUGCUCCCACAGCUGGAGAUGGAGGGGGACCGCAAUAUCUGGAUUGUGAAGCCAGGCGCCAAGUCACGGGGCAGAGGAAUCACCUGCAUGGCCCGCCUGGAGGAGAUGCUGAAGCUGGUGGAUUGCGACCCCAUGAUCGUGAAGGAUGGCAAGUGGGUGGUGCAGAAAUACAUCGAGAGACCCCUGCUCAUCCACGGCACCAAGUUCGACCUGCGGCAGUGGUUCCUGGUGACGGACUGGAACCCGCUCACCAUCUGGUUCUACCGAGACAGCUACCUCCGCUUCUGCACGCAGCCCUUCUCCCUGCACAACCUGGACACCUCCAUCCACCUGUGCAAUAACUCCAUCCAGAGGCACUACGAGAACUCGCUGAGCCGCCACCCCCAGCUGCCCCCUGACAACAUGUGGUCAUCGCAGCAGUUCCAGGCCCACCUGCAGCAGGCGGGGGCGGAAGGCGCCUGGCAGAAGGUGAUCGUCCCGGGCAUGAAGGCAGCCAUCAUCCACACCAUGCAGACCUCCCAGGAUGUGGUGGAGUUCCGCAAGAGCAGCUUUGAGCUAUACGGGGCAGACUUCAUGUUCGGGGAGAACUGCCAGCCCUGGCUGAUUGAGAUCAACGCCAGCCCCACCAUGGCGGCAUCCACGGCCGUGACCAGCCGGCUGUGCGCCAGCGUUCAGGAGGACACGCUCCGUGUGGUCAUUGACCGCAAGCACGACCGCAGCUGCCACACGGGGGCCUUUGAGCUCAUCUACAAGCAGGCGGCUGUCGAAGUGCCCCAAUACGUAGGCAUAAGCCUUUUGGUGGAAGGAUCCACUGUCAAAAAACCACGGCCUCCAAACCACAGACUCUCCCCCAGUGCCAGCCCCAGGACGGGCCCCAGCGUGCCCAGCUACCCGCAGCACUCCCAAGCACUCCCACAGAGCUCCCCUCGUGGGCCCAGGCCCCCUGCGCCAGUCACCGGCAAGGAGAACAGAGCCAGGGAGCUGGGGGCAACCAACAGGGCCUCUGCUGCAGCUGGCACCCGGCUGAAGCUGCCCAGCAAGGUGCGAGCAGAGCCAGGCAAGAAGAGGCUGCUGGAGCUGCACAGCACAGCCACCUCCCCGCUGGGGGACAAGCUGGUGCCGCUGGGCCAGCCCAGGUUCUGUCCCAAGUGCAGCUCCCAGGGGCCAGGCCCCAGCCCCAGGGCACCCCCACGGCUCCAGCUCAGCAAGGCCAACGGCCCGAAGGGGCAGCUGCACAUGCGGGACUUACACACCUUCCAGCUGGGCUGUGGGCAUGCGGCUGCCCCUACUCACCCCCCUGCCUGUUCUCCAGGGAAGCCCAGUGUGCCAGAGCGCCAGUGGGGACAGGCUCAGGCUGCGCUGCGGGAGCGGCCCCCAGCCCCUCCUGCCAGGCCUGGCCAGCAGUGUGCCCCCCACCUAGCCUCCACCCCUGAGCUUGGGGCCUUGCACACGGCCGCGGGCAGGAGAAGGAAGCAGAAGAGAGACAGGAUGUGCAGGUGAUGGAGGGAGCUGCCCCUGGGGCUGCUGGCAGCAGUGAGGGAGUCAUGCCAGGGGCUGGUGCCCUCCAAUAAAGGGAUCAAGAGAAGGAGCUGGAGUUCGUGAUGUGGGCAGGAAAUGCAACCUGGUGCUGCCUUCACCCGGGGGGGGGGGGGGCCUGGGGCCAGCUGCAGGCAGCACAGGUCCCACAUCUCAAAUGAGCCCCAGCCCAGGGGGCAGCCCCCCUUUCCCCUUGCCUUUGGCACACAGGGUUGCUGCUUGGUUUCUCUGCCCUGUCUCUCCUUCCCACAUCUGCCCAGCUCCACAGCUAGUGCAGCACUCUCCCCUGUGCUGGGGGGCAGAGCUGGGCACCACCCUGGACAGAGGGCCAGGAGCUGGGCACUGCCCUGGGAGGGAGGGAAUGGAGCUGGCACUGCCCUGGCAGAGGCGGUGAACAGGCCCUGAGGCAACAGGCUUCAGGGCAUAGGAUAGGGAGCAAGGCCUGUGGUCCAGCUGAACAGGGCUUGGCCCUGGGGGUGGACUGGCCAGACCCAGCCAGCGCCCCCCACUUUGGGCCUUGCCCCUGGCUAUUUCUCUUUCCUUCCCAGGCCUCUGCUGCCGUGCUGGAAACCCCUGGGCGGGUUUGCACCUGCUCCGUGGCUGGCCCCGCCCUGGGAGCAAGGCAGCCACCUCCAGCAGUGAACCCGAGUGCUCAGGGCAUGGCCCUCUGCCCUCCUCACCUGCUCUGAGGCCAGGACUGGCCUCAGCUGGGGCCCCACAGCAGCAAGGGGCACUGGGGGUUGCCCCAUUCUGUUGGACUGGGCCUGUGAAACCAUCUGGGGCGGGGGGGCUGGGAGCACAUCUGAGGGCACCUGGCACUGCAGAAGGCAGAGGAGCCCCCCCAGGGACCCCACCCAGAGAGUGGAGAGGGGGCAGGGCUGUGAAGGAGCAGGGUGGGGGGAGGAUGCCCUGAGACCAUGGUGUAAGCAGCUGGGGGGGGGCUGGAUGUGGUUUCCAUCAUAUCCAGGGUUUGCACUUUGGCUCCAUAGCUCAGCACCCCUGCAAGCAGCGAGCCUGACACUGGUGGGAGGGGAACGUGGUACAGCACAGCACGGAGUGCAGGGCAGACAGGCCAGGACCUGCCCCCUGAUCCCUUCACUGCAAGCUGCCCCCCAAGGCAGUUCCCCCUGCCCCCUCAUGAGCAACCCCUUGUUUUCACUGCAUUAGGCCCAGCUGCAGGCUGGGCUCUCUGCCCCCCUGCUGGACCAGACCCCUUCACAACACUGCAGUGAGGCAGGGAGGAACGCAGAGCACAGGACUGUCUCACACACCCUGAGUGCACCCCAGGCUGCUCGGGGGGGCCACCCUACCAGACCCUGUGUGUUCAGCUUCCCUUUGUCUCGGCAGGCUGCAGACCUCGGUGGCACAGACUCUGCCAGGGCUGAGCCCCCAAACUGCCCGCUAGGCACUCAGGGCUGCAGCUCACCUCUUCGGGGCACUCCAGUGAGAGCAGCCAGCCAACGGUUCCAAACCCAGUCACUCUUCGCUACCCCCCCCCCCCCCCGACAAAAUAAAACCCUGCCUCAAUUCCCCACCCUUCUGGA